AUGAAUCAUGGACUGAGACGUGGUACGCAACAUUUAACGAGACAAUGUUGCAAACACCUCUUUUCGCAAACCCAAUCCAAACGCUACGUAUCGGACAUCGUGAAGAAAGAAUGGUCUACACCGUUGGCAAAAAUCCUCGCUGACGCGAUCCGAACAACCGGCCCAAUCUCCAUAGCAGCAUACAUGCGACAAGUCCUCACAAACCCCGACGCAGGCUACUACACUACACCAAGCAGUCAAAGCAAAACUGAAGUCUUUGGCAAAAAGGGAGAUUUUAUUACAUCGCCGGAAAUCACGCAAAUAUUCGGAGAGCUGGUGGGGAUAUGGGCGGUUACAGAAUGGAUGGCGCAGGGAAUGCCGAAGGAGGGUGUUGAGCUGAUUGAGGUUGGGCCGGGGAAGGGUACGUUGAUGGAUGAUAUUUUACGGACGGUUCAGAAUUUCAAGCAAUUCUCGAAAAGCAUUGAGAAUAUCUACCUCGUCGAAGCUAGUGCACCCUUGCGAGAGAUUCAGAAGAAUUUGCUUUGUGGGCCAGAUGCAGUUCUUGAAGAGAUUGAUAUCGGUUAUCGAGGUAUCAACAAGCAUACUGGGGCGCCUAUUGUGUGGGUGGAAGAUAUCCGGUUAUUGCCUUACAAUGACAAAAUGCCGUUCAUAUUUGCCCACGAAUUCUUUGAUGCACUUCCCAUACAUGCCUUUGAGUCUGUCCAGCCAAGCCCUGAAUCCGAAGAGCAACCGAAACAACAAAUCAUGACCCCGACAGGGCCUAUCACAUUGGAUUCUCCAACUCAGACUAACGCCAACAACAAACAACCUACAGGCCCGCAAUGGAGAGAAUUAAUGGUCGCAUUAAAUUCCAAAUCCGUCCUUGAAGACGUCAAGGAUGAACCAGAAUUCCAACUCUCUCGCGCCAAAAUAUCAACUCCAAACUCUUUACUCCUGGCCGAGAUUUCAGAACGAUACAGGGCACUCAAAUCUCAACCCGGUUCUGUCAUUGAAGUCAGUCCCGAGAGCAGGAUAUACGUCGCCGAUUUCGCGCGUCGAAUUGGAGGGUAUACACCGCCAGAACCAAGACCGCCAAAGAGGAAGCCAGGGGAAGUUGCCAAGCCUGUUACUCCUAUUGAUAACUCCGCAGCUUUGAAGAAGAAAGAGCGUCCUUCAGGAGCCGCUCUGAUUCUGGAUUACGGCACAUCCUCCACCAUCCCCGUGAACUCCCUGCGCGGCAUUCGACAACACAAGGCUAUCUCUCCGUUUGCGUAUCCAGGACAGGUCGACGUUAGCGCCGAUGUAGAUUUCAUCAGCCUCGCUGAAGCGGCCCUUGAAGCCAGUGAGGGUGUCGAAGUUCAUGGACCGGUUGACCAGGCCGAAUACCUACACUCACUCGGAAUUGCAGAGCGUGCGGAACAACUGCUCAAACAUAUGCCGGAAGAUAGUGAAAAGCACAAGACGCUUCAGACAGCUUGGAAGAGGUUGGUUGACAAGGGGCCUAACGGGAUGGGCAAGUUGUAUAAAGCUUUGGCUAUAGUCCCCGAAAACGGGGGAAGGAGACGGCCCGUUGGUUUUGGAGGUGGUGUUGUGGGUUGA